ACGCCAAGCAGGAGGGCGCUCACAGAACGUGCCGAGUUGCCGAACUAGCCGCACGUCGCCACAGAACAUCGCCAAGCGACGGUUCGUCGUCUUCUUCUUGUCACGUGUGGCAACGCCGCCGUCGCUCCGGUUUUUUCUCUUCUUCCGAUUCUUUCGCGAGAGAGGCUGGUUUCACGGCGUGUUAUUGUUGUUUUGCAGGAGAUUAUAUGGACGAAGAUGGAAGCCGUUGUACCGUCGGAGCCGAACAAAGAGUUUGUUGUUAGUGGUUCUCACAGUUCGCGGAUGUGAAUUAGAUCUGUUUUACGAAGGAUUUGUGCAUAGUAUUUUUGAUAUUUGUGUGCCGGCAGUUGAGUAAAAGACGCAGUAGUUUGUAUUUGGUUCUUUGUGGCCUGGACAGUCUUCGUUGUUUUCGAGAUAUUUCCCACGGCUCCAAUAAAUGAAAAUGGCUGUCACGAUAUAUCCAAAUAUAAAGCUUGAUUGUGUGUCAGAUACGCCCACAGACCAUCUGGGUGCCAUCCAGGGUGGUUUCCAGGAGAUGGAUGGCAAAACGCACAGUGACAAGUUUGAACAGCUGAAGCGCGACGAUGGGUGACGGCAAUGGCCUUCUAGAUGCCCACCACCACGAUGUUCAAUUGGUGACCGUGAACGGUUCCAAUUCUGGCUCCAGCGGAAGAAGCACGCCCAACGGACAAAAUGGCGGAGCGGGAGACCCAUCUUCGGGCAAACUGUUCGUGGGGGGACUCAGUUGGCAAACGUCGAUAGAAAAACUGAAAGAGUACUUUGGCAUGUUCGGUAAUGUCACGGAUGUACUUAUCAUGAAAGAUCCAGUGACACAGAGAAGUCGUGGUUUUGGUUUUAUAACCUUCUCCGAACCCUCAAGCGUAGAAAAGGUCCUGAAAGUGCCCAUACACACGCUGGACGGCAAGAAGAUCGACCCCAAACACGCCACUCCAAAGAACAGACCAAAACAACCCAACAAGACCAAGAAGAUAUUCGUAGGUGGUGUCAGUCAAGACACGUCAGCUGACGAGGUCAAAGCCUACUUCAGUCAGUUCGGUAAAGUGGAAGAGACUGUGAUGUUGAUGGACCAGCAGACCAAAAGACAUAGAGGAUUUGGAUUUGUCACGUUCGAAAAUGAAGAUGUCGUGGAUCGCGUUUGCGAAAUACAUUUUCACACCAUCAAAAAUAAGAAGGUCGAGUGUAAGAAGGCGCAGCCCAAAGAAGCAGUACAAGCUAACGCGCAGCUACUUGGAAAGAGACUGAUGCUGAGCGGGCUUGGCAUGCGCAUGGCAGCUCCAGUGGCGGGUGCCGUAGCAGCUGUCAAUCCAUUGGCGGGCGUUCAGCCUCUGGCUCAUGUUCAAGCAGCCGCCGCUGCGGCAGCUGCUGCUCAGGCGCAAAAUGCGGCGGUAGCAAGUUACGGAAAGUUAUUUGGGGCCUUUCCUCAUCUUGCUAGUUACAGAUAUUCCCCGUACCCGCUUCAGGCAGUAGGAGGUGGCGUAGGAGCCGCGGCAGCCCAGGCGGCCGGCCAGCCCCAGCCAGCACCCGCUCCCCCGGGCCCUCCCACCCUUGCGGCCCAGCAAGUCGCUCCCAGCGCCUACCAGGGCUACAACCUGACCAACGUGGACAUGUCCAGUUUCCAGGGCGUCGACUGGGGCUCCAUGUACGGCGUCGGCAUGUACGUCUAAGCGACGGACGGCGCCCCCGGCAGCAAAACAUACAAGACUUAAAAUACUUUUAACUCGCUCACACUGUUGUUGUCUCAUCUUGACGAUAAUUUUUUUCGCUGCUCCGAAUGACAGAAAAAAAGACUUUUUUGCGGCGUGUGCUCUUAUAUUCAGCCUCCACGUAAUAUCAUAGGGUUGCUGAUAUGUAUGGAAACGAUCGAUUAUUAGGUAAAAUAUAA